AUGCAUGGUAUGAGGCAUCCGACACCUCACGACAACGAGGUCCAAACCAUGGCUGGUCAGAGGCUCAAAGUGUAUGUACGAGUAGUAUGGGGCACCCACUGGCCCUGUAUCUGCAGCAGCGCCUCGAUAUCUGGUGCCACUGGGUCUAGCGCAGCCCCUGCCUUCAGCACAGCCCCUGCCUUCAGCGCAGCCCCUGCCUUCAGCGCAGCCCCUGCCUUCAGCGCAGCCCCUGCCUUCAGCGCAGCCCCUGCCUUCAGCGCAGCCCCUGCCUUCAGCGCAGCCCCUACCUUCAGCGCAGCCCCUACCUUCAGCGCAGCCCCUGCCUUCAGCGCAGCCCCUGCCUUCAGCACAGCCCCUGCCUUCAUUGCAGCCCCUACCUUCAGCGCAGCCCCUGCCUUCAGCGCAGCCCCUACCUUCAGCGCAGCCCCUGCCUUCAGCGUAGCCCCUACCUUCAGCGCAGCCCCUGCCUUCAGCGCAGCCCUUGGAAACCGAGCAUCGGACGAGCGCGCCGAAGGAUCGCCGUCCCCGCCCCCCUUCUCACCCUCUUCCCCCCCGCGGUCUCAAGGAGGGCCCGCUGCUCCCGCCGACGCCUCCCCCCACCUCCUGAUGUCGAGGAGGGACUCGAGGAAGAUGCAGGACCUGGAGGCGGCCGCUAAGGCACACUUCUUCCUUAAGGUUCCCAGUCCCGUAGCGUGCAACACCACACCAGCUUUUCCUGCAAACCUCGCGCCGCACACGGCCCUGCACCACUCCAAGUCCGACUCGGAGGUUGUGAGUCAUCAACGAAGCUUCCAGGACGGAGAUUUGCUCUCAGUCGACAGCGGGAGACCUUCCCAGAGUCAGAAUCCACGAGGAGACCCCGUAAGCAACACCAGAAGAAGUUCCUUCGGCGGCGGCGGGAGAGAUUUCCUCGCGGACGACCCCAGAAGGGACUCGAGGACCCUACACGACUUUGCGGCCGAGUUUAGGGUCGGUUCUGGGGGCAGAAACGGCCAGCGGCAGGGAUGCGCUAGCGACAACAGACGGAGUUCUGGGGGCAGUUAUGGCAGAUUUGAGUUUGUUGCAGACACUAGGAGAGGCUCUGGCGAGGGCAGCAGCAGAACUGAGUAUGACAACAGAAGGGGAUCCAGAGGCAGCGCGGUUAGACCCGAGUUCAUUGUCAACAACAGAAAGAGUUCUGGAGGCAGCAUCGGCCGACAAGAAUUCUCGAUCGACAACAGAAGGGGUUCUGGAGGGAGCAGCGGCAACAGAAGUAGAUCACGCUGUAGCGAAGGAGAGGUAGAUUUCACAGCAUACAACAGGAGCAGUGCCGACAGCGAGAAAGGAAGCGCGUCCCUGAGCAGCAAAAGGGGGUCUCAGGUCGGCGUCGGUCGGGAAGCCGCCUCCGUCGACAAGAGAAGGGAUUCCCAGGGGCUCAGCAGGAAGGAAGGCGUGGCGGCAGGCAGUAUACGAGGCUCCCAGGGGUUCAGGUCCAAGGAGACGAUGGAGAGCCGCAGGAUUUCGCAAGAGGAGAAGGCGAAAGCGCAGCCCGAGUGGAAGGGCAGCGGCGGCGCGGCGCAAAACCAUAAGUACGAUGGCAACGCGGUGAGAGAAGGGGCAGGGGAGCAGGGGGCGCCUCCGCCUGUGUCCAGACAUCUGAGCGACUCUUCCAUAGAUCUCACUCAGCGAAAUUAUCGAUAUUCGGACGAGAAUAUCACAAGGGUUCUGGACAUGCUUUAUCUGGGGAACAUCAAGGCCGCGUACUGCGAGCCGAUUCUGUGCCGCCUCAGCAUCGAGGGCAUCGUUGACCUCUCCAGCUUGCGCCCCUUCGAAGUCCCGGCGGAAAAGAAGUCCAUCUGCCCGUGCACGUGCCCUCUGCAGAUCGCGCACCACAGGUCCAGGUUAUGCAUCAAUAUCGGCGUCACAGAAGGGCUGGACAUCACGCCCUACAUGUCGGAGGUGAACCGGUUCAUCGAGACGCUCAGGAGGAGGAAGAGGAACGUGCUGGUUCACUGCUACCAUGGAAGCAACCGCGGACCGGCCUUCGUCAUACAGUACCUGAUGUGUGUCCACCACCUGCCCCUCGCCACCUCGUACGCCCUGGUCAAGGCGGCGUCGAAGACCAAGGUGGCGCUACACAGGACCUUCCGAGUGGCGCUGCAGAACCUGGAGAAGGAGCUGUGGCCGUGCCGCCCACCCUCGAUGCUGUUCGAGAAGAGCGACGUGGUCACGCCCCCGGUCGCCGCGGCGCCCAAGCCGGCCAUGCCCCCCACGCGGAGCGCCUGGCAGUGAGCGGAGACA